AUGGAGCCUGAGGGGGAAGAGAAGACUGAGGAAGACGAGCAGGUGGAGGAGCCUGAAAAGGCUGAGGAAGAGGAGGGGCAGGAGGAGGAUGAGGAGGCUGUUGAGGAUGAGGUUGCAGAGGUACCUGUGCAGGAGGAGGAGAAGGAAGACAGGUGGGAAGAGGCCUGGGAGGGGAGCCAGAAGGAGGGAGACGCGCAGGAGCUGCAGGAGAAGCGGGAAGGGGAAGAACAGCCAGAGGCACGGCCAGGUCCGCCCCCGUCCCUGCUCCAGGCUCUCGAGGCCCUGCAGUCAGAGCUGGAGCCCGUGAACAAAGACGCCAGCGGGGCCUCCUCUGGGCUCAAGCUCAGGUUCUGGCAGAGGCGGCGGCGUCACCUGGACCACCGAAGCGCCCUCAUCCGGGGCAUCCCUGGCUUCUGGGCCAAGGCUUUUGGGAACCACCCGCAGCUGUCAGCCAUGCUCAGUGAGCAAGAUGAAGGCAUACUUGGCUCCAUGACGGAUUUGCAGGUGGAGGAACUCGGAUCUCCCCGUGAUCGCCGCAGGGUCCUGCUCUUCUUUCGCAAGAACUCCUACUUCCGCAAUGAAGUCGUUGAGAAGGAGUAUGUCCUCAGGGCGGCAGGGUAUGAGCCGUCUCAUUCCACUCCCAUCCAGUGGCACCGGAAUUAUGAACGGGAGGCUCUCAGCUGCAGUCACCACAACAGCAGCCUAAACUUCUUCAAUUGGUUUUCUUUCCACAGCUUUGCCUGGUCUAUCAGGAUAGCUCAGUACACCAUGAAGAAUAAGACCCCAGGAGAGGGAACUGAGAGGAGAGCAGUGAGACAACCAGGGUGA